AUGUGGAUAGUAUGAGGGAGACGCAGCCAGUGUAGCAGACGGCCGCCCGCUCAAGCGAAGGCGUUGGGCUCCGCGGUCAGAAUGGCGGCUGUACACAGUGAUUUUGAACUCUGGCUGGCCGACAAGUUGCGAGCCCUAAACAUCGAUCCGGACGUUUUUGGGAGCUACAUCACAGGCAUACUCGAAGGCAACGAGACGGAGGAUGAGAAGUCGGAGGCGCUCCAAGGCAUCCUCACAGAAGUUUGCGAGGAUGCGCUGUGCGACGUGAAAGACGAGAUAUUUAACAAGUGGUCCGAAUAUAACGAGCGGCCAGCCGAGGGAGACGUUCGGGUGAAUGAUGAACAAGGUAAAUACAACGUCGAAGCGAAGCUAGUGAGUCUCAUGGAGGAACAGGCCAAGUCUGUUGUCGCCGAAAAGAAUCUAUCCGCGGAGGAACAGAAGUUACGACAGGCCAUUCUUGCGCAGUACGGCGAAGUUUCGGAUGGAGAAGAGGAGGUGGUAACAAAGUCAUCUACGGAAUCGGUGGCCCCUCCUGCUGCCUCUGGAGUAGCCCACAAGGAACAUUACGUUCCAAAAUUAGUGCUUGCGAGGAACACAAACGCCGAGAAUGUCGCCCAGGCCGAGAAAGAGAAGCGAGAGCAUAGCAAGCAGGAGCAUGAGCGCAAGAAAGCGCAGGACAAGCUCAACCGCGAGAAACAGAAGCAGCAGGCACAGGAGCGCAAGGACAAAGAGCGCAAACGCACUCAGAAGGGCGAGCGGCGCCGGUAGCACCGCACGCCGACCCGCGUACCCUUGUGGCUCCCGUCCUCCAUCCCUUGUGGACCGUGUUGAACAGACGCUAGGCAUGUUUUCUCAGCACCCGGAGAAAUGUUAACGCAGGCGCAAUCGGGAUAUUGCAGUGACCCGAGUGAUUCUCCAAACUGCCCGCAUCCCUCCCGCCUCAGGAUCACAAACAUCUGUCUACUAGUGCCAGUGAAUGUGGCCAGACUAGAGCUUACUGUUUCACCUUGAAUAAAAGUCUGCCAUGAACGCAGCAGACAUUGCCACAUUGAAACAAAAGUGGAAUGUAUUGGCCAUGAAUUCUCAGUAGAAGGACAACGCCUUAAUGUGGUAGUUCUGAGAUUGCACACGGCUCUUGAUUGGUUCAGAGCGAUCCUUAAAGGGCCCCUAAACCACCUCUGACAUUUUUUUUAAUAUUUCAAGUAAACGCGCGCAUUGAGUUCAGAGUGCUGUCACGAUCAACCCUGCCAAGCAUGGCAGAAAAAAAACAAUCCCGCACUCCUCUCGGGGCCUUUCGGCAUCCCCUGCAUUGGGCGUGACAUCACCAGGAGAACCUGGUCAUGUUAGCAGCAGAACGAACCCGUUUGUCUGUUCGCAUGAAGGCACGCUCCCUGGUCUUCCUCCUCUCAUGGUGAGGAGGAACACUCAGCCAGGAGGAGAGAUGAGCAAACGAACGGAAUGUAGCGAGGAAAGAGAAAAACGAGCGAGGGUCGCAUUUCGGUCAUCAAAUGCGUGUAACUGCGCUAUUACAGCUAUUAUGUAACUUCGCUAUUGCAGCUAUUACGACAUCGCUAUAUCGAAAAAUUUUCGCGGCCCUGUGUUCAUUGUAGACUCAUGCACAACUGCAACACCACAAGUAAAUUUCGACCUCUGGGUGAUUUAGGGGCCCUUAACGCUGCCUUCUGACAUGCGCUUCCUGAGAAUGUUCGAACUAUACUCAGCGACAACUUAUCUUGACAGUGGAGCAAAGGUUACGGAGGCGGGGCUUUCCCACAUUCAUGUUGCUCCGCAAGCAGUGCGGCAGCUUGCGGCUUAUUUCGGUUUUGCUCGCUCACGUCGUUAACACGUUUACAAAAUUAUAUACACGAAAAAUAUGAAUGGGAGAAACAUUUCAAUUGUUCUGUGUACAUUUUCGUGUCAUAUUACGAGUAUAUUUUUCUUAGAGAAGUAAACAGCACGUUUGCGGCCGCACUGAUCCGUUACAUCAUGGUUGCCAUGUUUACUUUGGAAAAUGGCUGUGCUGAAAAGGUGCCGCUGUCUAAGAAAUGUAAAGCAAAGGAAGGCAUCCUUGCAAAGUGAACAAUAACUGUAUCUUACCUAUGUCUUCCCACAACUGUUUGAGUCUCAUAAUAAAUAAAGCAGUCUUUACUUCAGCAAGGCAAAUGAGAAAAUUAUCAGUAAACUUAAGUACUAUACUUUUGUGCGGUAGCAGGCAUGCUUUUCGGUUCUGUAGCUUCUACAGUGCUGUCAAGAAAAGUUGUCGCUGAGUAUAGUAGAAACCUGCUAGCUGUUUUGGUAGUGAUGGCGCAUUAUCUCAAUGGAGCUUGAAGAUUCAUGUUCAUGUGUGCCACGGGUGUUACGUUCAAUUGAUUCUAUGUUCCCCCUGCUAAUGAAGAAUGGUGUUUCUGAUGCAUUGUUUCACACUUCAUAUCAACACGGUAUGAAUACGAACGGAGCCAGCCGUGUUUGUGAGUCGGGACACCAUUUGCUGUUUAAAGCCAAUCAAUGGAUGCACGGAGUUUAAUCACUAGUAGCAGAAUUGCGCAUUGUGAUUAUAAAUGUUAUGCUCCUGAGAUUACUGUGAUUACUCUGGUACUCGGGUGCCUGUGGCCCAUGCGAGUCCUGAGUUUGCAUUUCUCUCAUUGUGCUGAUAGCGUGUGUGUUGUUCGUCGCCUACCUUCGAGUGAUACUGUGCCCGAAUUUCCUACAUAACACCAGAAAACCGACAUGCGUUGUUUGGUGUUUGUGCUAGAAAUAAGGGAGAACCCUGUAGUAAACCAUAAGUACCCUCACGCCUCAGUGUCUUUGCCAUUGUGCAGCCUAAGCAGCUGACAGUUUGUUGCUCUUCCUUCAUGUUCAUGGGUGAACCUUAUUGAAGUAUGACACACUGUCGCCCCAUAGCCCUUUGUCAUUACAGCAGCAAGAACCACUGGUCAUUGUUCAGUCGUUGCAGGCGUGCGCUGUUUUCAUUUGGCAGAUUUGCCUUUUUGCGCCACAUGUUUGUUUCUUCACUCGCCAUAAACGUCUUUGUGUUUAGAAAAUUCUAGAGCGUUUACAUUUUGGUAUUGGGUUGCAAAAGAAGGGUAAUUUUAGUGUGUUGUGAAGGGAUGUAUUUGCGUUUGGUUACCUCCCCACAGCUUGUUGAGUGGUCACCUGUGCUUGACAAGUAACAUCUCGACUCUGGGGAGAGAACCUUGCAGUGUAAUGAGAACAAUGGUUUGCUAUGGUAGGUAAAUUGACAUAGUACAUUGUGGAAGGUUUUACACCGUUCAGAGAACUACUGGUUUUGUUUUCUCCAAUGAGAUGUGGCAAUUCACGUAAGGCUGCCGUUUGGCAUUACUGCGAAAUCUUUAGCUGGCCUUUUCAGAAUACUCUUUAGCUGAUGUGCGUAAGGUUACUAUGACUUUUAUCAUAAUCUGCUUGUCAGGUUCACCAGAUGAAUUCUAGUGUGGAAGUGGAUAGCCUGGUGAAAACAAACCGAAAUAGUAGCGAUAUGGCUUCCUUGAAUAUUGCUAGAAUUAUUGUCUAUUCAAAAGUAAAAAUUUUUUCUAUUCAAUUUAAGGCAAAUUUCGAAAUUUAUAUGAGAAUCUUUUUUAUCAUGCAGAAACAUUUGGUGAAAACAUUGAGGGUAGAAAGUAAAGAACCAGCAAUCAACAUUGAUUACAAGACUGUUUUUUAAUGUCAAAUUAAAGUAGUGACUUUUGUAAUAACACUGCUUACUUUUCUGCAACAGUUAUGAUUUACAUGAGUGCUCAAGGCCACACCGAAAUUGACUUGUGAAUUCCCGAAUAUGCAUAGCAUUACCAUUUUACUAACUCUCAUAUCUCUAAUACCAACAGCCUGAAAAUGGCCUCAGGAAGUGAACUUUACAAAGAACUUGAUGUGAUCAACAAUAGAAACCUGCCUACAUCAAGAAAGAACUCUGCCAUACAGUAUUGUUAUGCAAAUAAGGUGCUAACAAGCACGACUGCUGGAGUAAUUUCUGUCACUCUAGGGCAGUUCAUGCAGCCGUGAGCACCUUCUCACUUACUGUGAAAUUUGCCAACAGCUGUCGUCACACAAGAUAAUGCAAAUGAAGUCAAAGGCAGCCGACACUGGGUAUUCGGAAUCUGGCUCGGUUGUGCCUCUUUGUCAAAUCACUGUUGACCUGUGUGAGCAUGGAUUUUCCACAUUAAUUGCGAAACCAGUUUACUGAAGCAUCUGUGCUCUAGUUUAUCAGAAACUUGAAACCAGACGCUUGUUGCAAGUAUAUCCACAGAACUUGUGAUCUUCUGUUAUGUCUGCCUGUAAGUUUGCAAGCAACGACUUUGUUUUUAUAUCCCAAAAUGUAGCUACUACUGCAUUACAUGCAAAUCUGCCUCGGUUUGCUACCUUUGCUCUUGCAUGCAAUGUCUAUAGGAACAUUUUCUGUCUCCUAUAUCUAGACUGUUGCAUUUGUCUGCAAAUAGAUAAAACUGUUGUAACAUCAUAGUUUGUGAAAGGCCACAGUGGUGUAACUGAGACUCGUACACUCGUCAUGAAAGAAAUGCAGACACGGACAGAGAAGUGAACCAGACAACACAAAUUCAGUUCGUGUUGUCCGCUUCUCUUCCAAGUCCUUCUUUGCAUGCUUUACCUGCUUUCAUGAUGAAUAGCUGCCAGCUAGCUCAACUUUCCGUUCCAUUGUUCUAAACUUCUAGACUGUUGCUGUGUUAGCUUAGUAGAGUUGCAAAGUGACUGUAUAGUCCAGUAAAUGGCUGUAAACGAGUGAUUAGUUUACGCAGGAAUACUGGUGCCAGAUGGACACCUUGAGAGGCGAGCGCCGUUUUAAUCAUGUUAAUUCCACAUGUCUACACUGAGGAACAUAAUGGAAUUUUUGUUUGACUGGGACAGAGGGUCUCUAUCAAGUGCAAAUAAAGGUAUCGAGUAACGGAACGUGGAUGGCAUGAGCAUGUAUUUGGAACAUUCAGUCAGCAAGAAUGAUGUCCAUACCUGUGAUUUAGCCAAAACGAAAACAUCUUUGGAGCUUUAUUUCUUCUGUGUACUCGUUCAAGUCAGGCAAGAACCAGCAGUACAGAAGCUUCUUCAAAAGGCAAACUUUUUUUCUCUUCUUUCCAGUGAUUUCUGUAAACCCAUUCUGAGUUACGCUGCUAGUCAAUGAUGUCCUUUUAAUCUUUUUUUUUCCCUGUGUUACUGUGCUAACCUUUCUUUUGUAGUUUGUCAUGUUGCAUUUUAAAGGUUGUUCCCUGCCAUUGCUUCCAUCUACGACAACACUAUUCUGUUUUGCUUGUCCUUAGGUUCCUGCACUUGUUUUGUAAGCCACUUUAUCAUUGAAACCUGGCUCGCGUGUUCAUGUGUUCACUGCAUUUUUAAGCUUCUGGACAGCCUUGACUUCUGAGAUGGCAUUUUCUCAAACAGCUACUGUGUAAAACUUGUACGUAUACAACAUGCCACGUAAAACUUAUUUGUAUUCAGGUGUAAGUAUACUUGGGCAUAACUAAACGAGAAUGUAAUAAAUACCAAGUUCACCAAAGUAAAUUGAAAAUUGAACUUGCUGAUAUCGUUUUGUCAGAGUACGCACGAUUACUGCGAAUAUUCUCAGAUGAAGAAGUUCAACCUCACCACAGCUAGGGUGCCCUGAAGUAUUGGAUAUCCACGUCCCGCUUUGUAAUAGCUAGACAACAGCUCUGCUCGUGAAUAUCGAGUGCUCUAGAGAUUUUUGUAUUGUUUAGAAGUGGUAGUCGUCAUGUCUGUCUUUGAUGUGUGAAUGUCAUCGUGGAAGAUCGGAGAAUGUGUUCUUGUUUUCCAUACAAUCGGCUUCAUCUGGUCCUCUCGGGAUUGCUUUUAUUUAAUUGUUAUACAACGCUAAUAUUCUAGAGACAUGUUAUUCAGUACAUCAGUGAGUAUACUUACUCAGUGUUCACUCGUACUUGUGAUUGGGCAGCUGGCAUAUUACAUUUAAUAUAUCAAGAUUAUGAUGUUCUCAACGAUUCUCGCACUUUUUUUUAAAUUUUAUUUUUGGAAGUUCGGUGGCUGUACUUGGGUCAUAACUUUUCAUUGAUAAUUUAUGGCAGAAUAUUGCUUUCACUUAAUGUUUAUUGGCCAAGCUGGCAGACUGAUUUCUGGUCGAUCCAGUAAAAAAGUCGCAUAGGACACCAUGCCACGUAGCAAAUGUAACCAAAAGUAAUUACUCAAGAAUGCAGCUCCCACACAUACUGGGGUAAGGGGUGGAAUGCUCUUUAAUAUUUGGUAAAGUGGUCCGAGUUGUGUGUGGAUGUUUUUAUCUCUGUUAGAAUGAGAUUGUGCUAUGCGCAGCUGUUUAGUGAACUACAAUUGAACUUGGCUGGCUGCCAUGACAAAUGGUCAUUGUGGUAUUUAGCAGUAUAUGUGAAGCCAUGUCUACCGUUGUUAGUGUAUAAUCACUUGCACGUGAGCAUAGCGUAGCAGAGCACCUGUAGCCUCUGGCAUGUUGCCGAUGUAGCAUAGUGAUAACUGUAACGCUACCUGCUGGGGAUAAAGGCGAGUAAAUGUGGUAAUUUAAAGGAUUUUAGUGGACACACCAAACCAGCGCAUAAUGUGUACUGCCAACUGCUUCCUUACAGCGCACUCAAAAGAAUCUCUUGAUAUACUGUCCAUAAGUCCUUAAAUUAGCUCUUGGUAUCCAUAGCCUCAAUGUGUUCAUUGUAGUGAGCAGAACGUUGUGGAACCUAUUUUGCAAAUCGUUUACAAACUGGAACAAGGCUGUGCUUAAUACGUAUAUUUUCCUAGAUGCGGCUUAUUUUUGUUCACUGCUGUAAAUUGUGCUGCUGAAGGAGGUUGUUGCAUACACAUUUCUUUUUUUGGUCAGCUUGAACUUUUGAUGAAGUGAGAAUUUAACCUGCAUGUCAAAGAUAUUGUUCACUUCCACAGGCAGGUCUAUCUAGUUCCAGUGGUAGUUGGAAGAAAUUUGAUGCUGAACGAUUAUUGCGGUUUUUUCGAGUUCCAAACUGCCGUUUUCACCCCUCUGCAGAAACUUUAAAAGUCACGCUACCAGUUAUGUGAAAGAAGAAUGUUCACAAUUGUAAAUUUGUUCUGUAGCGCGUGACAAAGUGCGGUUGCAUUACCCAAAAAUGUGAGGCGUUUUGUUGGCAUAAGUUGUGAUAACCCUCUUGAGGGAGGCAUUUCUGUACUAUAAGCUUGAUGGCACUUUGCUGCCUGCUCUGUUGUGCUGCAUGUCACCUGCUUCUGGUUAAAUAAAUGUUACUUGAAGUGUG